CGAAGGUGGAAAAGUGUCACGAACCAGCGGAAGUGACGGAACAACCGAUCCCCCUCGGCUUCAAGGUCGUGGAAUGACGAAUAAGAUUAUCCUGAGCAGAGAGCAGGAGCAAGGCCGAGGGUGACAGAGACAGUGUGAUGAGCGGAUACCUCGGUAGCAUCACCCUGCCCCCGACGUUGCUGCGCGAUCCCAAGUAUCCUCCAGCCAUGCGGGAGAAGGACUCGAGCCCGAGGAAGAUGCCGGGCCACAUAAGCCCGAAGCAAGCCAGCAUUUAUCCUCUGAGCGUCCGCGUGCCGGACGUCGAGGAGCUGCCAUAUGACCUCAGCCACGGCCACGGUCGCGGCUUGUCGAGUCCGACGAACCAGCAACAGCAGCAACCGCACAUGAGCCCCGCGGCCAGACCACCGCCGCCUCAUCACCAAGACGAGCUGGACUGCGAGCCGCUCGAUCUCCGCGUCGAUCACAAGAAGGAACGGCUCAGGGACGAGAAUCAGAACGAGAUCGAGGUGCUGAAUCAGAACAGUUUAGGCGGCAGUUUGCCAUAUCACACGGUGCUCUUCCCCCAGCAUCACGCGAUGCAUCCGCUGGUGCUGGAGGCGAUGUACCGAUCACACCAUCAUAGCUCGUCGGUGCCCGAUCUGCCAAAGAUCCAAGUGAGAGCGCUGCCGACGAUGGUGCCGCUGCCGCCCAACAGAUUCUCCUCGACGACCUCGUCGACCACCUCGUCCUCCUCGUCGCAACCGACUGCGAGGGCCGUCAGCCCGAUCGGUGGCCAACAGUCGCAGCAUCCGCCGCAGAAUCACCCGUCGCAGCAGCAACAGCAGCCGCACCAGCAGCAACAGCAACCGCAGCAGCAACCGCAGCAGCAACAACCGCAAGGCUCGAGUCUGCCGCCCUAUUCGAUCAGCGUGCAAGCCGGCCUUAAGCCCAAGGACAGAUACUCUUGCAAAUUCUGCGGCAAGGUCUUCCCCAGAUCGGCGAAUCUGACGAGACACCUGAGGACGCACACCGGCGAACAGCCGUACAAGUGCAAAUACUGCGAGAGGAGCUUCAGCAUCUCCAGCAACCUGCAACGUCACGUGAGGAACAUCCACAACAAGGAGAAGCCGUUCAAGUGUCCGCUCUGCGAGAGAUGCUUCGGCCAGCAGACCAAUCUGGACAGACACCUGAAGAAACACGACGCCGACGGGCCGACGAUAUUAGACGAGGUGAGGUCAAGGUAUCACGGCCAGCUGCCGAAGGCCGACGAGUCCUAUUUCGAGGAGAUCCGCAGCUUCAUGGGUAAGAUCACGUCGCAACGACAAGGGAUAUCGUACUUCCCGGGUCUGCUGGGUCACGCCACCGACGACUACAGGAACGACAAGCAGCAGCUGCAGCUGGAGGAGAAGCGGGACCUGUCGUACUUCAGCGACCGGGACAACCUCAGCUCGAGGUCGAGCGGCACGACCAGCAGGCCGGAGAGCGUCCAGGAGGAACAGAGGGAAGCGAACUCACCGCCGCUCUCCCCUGGCAACAACACUUGAGUCCUGGCGCGCGGUCAUUAGCAUGGUAACCCGUUAUCAGCAUGCGACUGGUUCACAGUCGAGAGAGACGUUUCGCCGAUUCGUUAGAGUGCGCUGGAGACCAAGAACGAGGGGAAGAGAGGAAGAGAGAAAGCAAAAGAGACGAGAGAGACGAGAGAGGGAGGAAGAGAGAGAGAGAGAGAGAGAGAACUCGAUGUGUGUUGUCGAGCCGUCG